AUGGACGCGAAGCGAGCUGCGUCGCUGAGCGGCGACGAAGCGUCGCACGCGGAUGCGGAUGAGUUCCACGAUGCUGAGGUGGACGAGUAUGAGAAGAAAACACGUGUGCCGGACGGCGACGAGACCGUCAAGGACGAUGGAUGGGACGAAUGGGACGACGGGGCCGACGGGGAAACCGCGGGGGCGCAUACUGAGCAUGCCGUGCACGGCACCGACGCGCAUGCCGCUCCAGCAAUAGAGCCCAGUGCAGAGGCAGAGGUGGAAGCGACACAGGACCCGACCGAGGUACCGCUGGGCGUGCCGGCCGAGGCAAGCGCGCCUGCGCCGACCGAGGCCCUGGCUGCGCCCGCGGCCACAGCACCUGCUGACCCCGAACCGGCCGCGACGGCCGAUGCAAAAGAGGCGGACGCGCCUCCAGUGUCUUUCGAGCCCACCGAGCUAGCUGCUGCGGUCGAUGCGCCGAUGCAGUCGCUUUCCGUGCAAGACGACGACUUUGGCGACUUUGACGACGACGAAUUCGGCGACGACUUUGUCGAGGCGACGCCCGUCGCAGCCCCCCCGCCUGCCGCUGCGCCUCCGCCCGCGCCCGCGUCGCCUGCGCCGCAGUAUGCAUGUGUGGACGCGGAGUCGUCGCUGGAUGCGCUGCGUACGACGAUCCAAAACCUGCUUCCUGCGGAAUAUACGGAUGCCUCGGCCGUGCCCGCGUCCGACGUCGAGAGCAAUGUGUCGCACGAAGGCCUGCGUCAGAUUGAAGGGCUGUCGCAAGUGCUCUCGAACGACAAGAGCCGCACGCUCUUCCGCGAGCUGCAGGCCCCCCUGCCGAUCCCCAGCACGCCGCUGGACUGGACGCGGUCUGUGACAAGGCGACAGCACCUCAUCUCGCUCGGCAUCCCCAUCAAUCUCGACGAAGUGCACCAGCCGGCAUGGUCGCGCUCCGCCCCCCUUCCGCCACUCGAGCUGCACGUGGAGCCGUCCAAAGGGGGUCCUGUGCCGCAAGAGAGCGCUGCUGCGCCUGCCGAGCGCGCGCCCGCGCCGCCCGCCGAGCCUGCCGCGCCCGCCGAGAGCUGGGGCGAGCGCCGGCGACGAGAGCUUGGCGGUCCCGCGCCUGCUGUGGACAUGGACCGCGUCGAGCACCUGGCGAACGUGUCCAGCGACCAGCUCGCGCUCAAAGCCCUGCCUGAGUUGCGUGCGAUGGCCAGGGAGAUGCAAACACUCUCGCAGCAGACCAGCGACUUGCUGGCACACCACCUGAUGAUCCGCGAGGCGUUCAAUGCGGACGCGGAAGUGUACAAUGCGACGAUCCGCGAGCUUGUGGCGGGUGCCUCGAAUAAGCUCGCGACGAAGAAGACAGAGAAGCGCGGCCUCCUGAGCCGCGCCUCGUCGCUGCGCCGUUCGCGGCCGAGCACGCCGAGUGAAGGGACAUAG